UGCGAAAACCGAUAAAAUUUGCUAUAACGACUGAUGUGGCUUUUAGAAAAGUUCAAAGCUGCAGAUAUACAAGGACAAGAGUCUGACUUGGCCAUGAGGGGAAUAACAUUCAACAGAAGACAGUGUCCUCAGAUGUAUCCAAAUGUCCUGACCCCAGACCGCAUCCCUGAGUUUUGCAUACCUCCUCGGCUUCCAUCCCAGCGAGGGUUAAGAGUAAAACCCUUUCACAGGUCUGUACCAGACCUCUGUGGAACAGACUUUGAAACAAGGCUUCUUAAUCCCGCACAAACACACCUUAUUCAGGUAGAAAGUGCAGAGGAGCCUACAGAAGAAGAAAACACUAAUGGUGAUCCACAGUCACAAGCAGCUUUAUCUCUCCCACAUCUGCCUAAAGCCCAUACGUCUUAUGGAUUUUGCACCUUACUUGAAAGCCCAAACACUAGAAGAAAAGAAUCCCUCUUUCACAAUGAUCCUGCUGGAUUUCCCAUUUUAUAUCCAAGAUCCCGCUCCAACACCACCACCUGUAGAAGUGCAUCUCCUUCUUUCAGCUUCACAACACUUAAGUUUCGGCCGCUAAGUCGAUCAGGUACUUUGGACAGCGACACCACUUCCUCCACAGAUUCUUCCCCAUUUAGUUCUCCUUUGCUCCACAGGUCACUUCCUCGGUGCAGCACUUUGUUAAAAGCUCUAAGCCAAGACAAACUCUUCUGCAGGGCAUUGAGAGGAAAAGAGAAGAAUAGGCUCUCUAGAAAUAACUCACUUUCUGCUGAUGAGUGGAGCUCCUCAGACAGCAGUCCUAACACAAUUCGUAGAAUUUCUGAUGGGAUGAUGGACUCUGUUUUCCCUAUGGAUCUUCAGUAUUCUAGAGAACGAUUUGUGGCAGAUAAUGCUGUUUUCCUAGACAACGGAGGCUCCCUCCGCUUAUCUGCUGAGUAUUGCCCUGCAGCCCAGAGACUACGUGUACGUCUCAUCAGUGCAGAAGGACUUUACAGCCCCAACACUGACCCCAAAAACAUUAACUGCUUUGUUUCCUUUUCCAUUAUUCCUGGGAAGCAACAAAAGCAGCGCAGUACUGUUAUAAGGAGGAGCCGCAACCCUAUUUUCAAUGAGGACUUUUUUUUUGAGAACGUAUCAGAGACACAACUGUGCAGUCGUUACCUAAAAGUGAAGGCAGUUAACAAGAUGUAUGGAAUAAAGAGAGACUCUGUCCUUGGGCAAUGUGAGAUUCCUUUGCUCAGCAUCUUAUCUUUUUAA